AAGCAAGCUAAGUCUGACCUGGAGGUUGAAGACAUGCAUGUCAUGAAUUCUUCCAAAAAAAGCCACACAGCUCACACCCAACGCAUUCUCUAAAACCCUUAUUGUGUAUAUAACAACACACAUACUACCACGGUGUUAUGUGUGUGUUUCUGAACCUUCUGGAACAUCAAUGGCGGAUCUUGUKAUGCCCAACCUCAUAAAUCUCUUAUCGUCUCUCCUCCAAAGAGUUGCUGAAUCUAACGAUUUUGAGCGUCCUUUAAACACUCAGAAGAUAUCUGUUUUUUAUGCGUUGAUUAAGCCGAAUAUAAGCAUCGGGAGAUACCUGGAGCAGAUCUUCAAGUACGCCAAUUGCAGUCCUUCGUGCUUCGUGGUGGCUUAUAUCUAUCUCGAUCGGUUCGCAAAGAAACAACCGCUUUUGCCGAUCAACUCUCUCAAUGUCCAUCGAUUGCUUGUUACCAGUGUCCUUAUUUCGAUCAAAUUCAUGGAUGAUAURUGUUAUAAUAAUGCUUACUACGCAAAAGUUGGAGGGAUAUCAACGGCUGAGAUUAACCUGCUUGAAGUCGACUUCUUAUUCGGAUUGGGGUUCCAAUUAAACGUGACACCAAACACCUUCCAUGACUACUGUACAUACCUCCAAACGGAGAUGAGGAUGAUGGGAUUUCCUCCUCUGUGCUCAGCUCCACAAGUUCCUACCAUAGUSGCAGAUCAUUGUUCCAUCAACGAAGAUGAUUGCCAAUCUCAACAUCAUCAUCCACAGCUAGCCGUUUAAGGAUCUCUGGACAGAAAUAUGGGUUGACUUUUAAGUAAAAAAAAGUCAACAAAUUUUCUUUGAUUAAUUUGUCGUGCACUCGUGCUUGUCCAACAACAAGACUUACACAUUGCAUGA